CGUAGCAUCCGUUAUACUCCGCAUGUUGCAACACGGAUUUAACAUAGAUGCAUUUUGGCUAGGUAUCCGUACAUAUUUAUAUGAAAAGAAGCAUCAUCCCGAUAAUUUUUGGGAAGCUCUAAAAAAUGCUUACGAUAAAAUAAAUCCAAGAUCAUAUGACAUAAAAGAGAUGAUGUAUCCUUGGUCAAAACAAAAGGGAUAUCCUGUGUUGAAUGUAUUACAUCAUGAUGCGGACAGCGUAAAUGUAUCGGUAGCCAAUCUUAAUGGACCAAAUGAAAAUCGAUGGAUACCUGUCAGCUAUGCCACAGAGACAUAUCCUAAUUUUAAUAUUCCUGCGCCACUUCUUUGGUUGAAACCGCCAAAGAAACCGUUUAAUCAUCCAUAUAAUCAUUAUUUUAUAUUGCCUCUCAGAUACAGAGAGGAUGGUUGGAUUAUAUUUAACAUACAACAAAUUGGAUAUUAUCGUAUCAACUACGAUACUAGAUAUUGGCAAAAAAUUGCUUUAUAUCUGAACAGUGAGAAUUAUCGGAAAAUACAUGUUCUAAAUCGUGCUCAAAUCAUCGAUGAUGCGUUUCAUUUCAUGUUAUUGCACAAAUUAAAAGCUCCAAUAUUCUGGGAACUUACAAAAUACCUAUCGCAAGAGAUAGAUUACAUAGCAUGGUAUCCUAUGUUCAAAGCUAUUCAAUAUAUAUCAAAUUCCUUUACAUAUCUAGAAAUGGGAGAAUAUCCUACUAAGGUAAAUAAUGAUAGAUUUCGUGAAUAAAAAUAUUUUACUUUG